UCAUAUCAGUAACGUUUAGUUCGUGUAUUAGUAGUGAAGUGAUCAAGAUUCAAGAUUGUGUUUUUAUACAUUAAAAAAAUACUCAGUGGAUCAAAGUCAAGUGAUCUGAUAGUUCUGAUAGUUUUCCAAAUAAAUUCCAAUUAAACCAGCUACAGCUGUUCCGUUAACAUAUACAUUUCACUUUGAACAAUGAGUGGUAUUGAAUUGAAAAGUUUGGAGGAGUGUUUGGAGAAAUACAUUCCAUCGAAUGAAUUGAAAGAAGUCAAACGAAUCUUAUAUGGUCGAUCUGAUGAGAAACCCAUUCAGUUGGCUGAUGAAACAAAGGCCUUAGCUGAAAAAUACAACUUCGAAGUGAAGGGCUACAGUUUUGAGGCUAAAAAAGAAGAUUUGCGGAAGCCACGUAUUGUUCGAGUAGGAGCGAUUCAAAAUGGAAUAGUAGCUGCCACAACUGAACCUAUACAUGUUCAACGCGAAGCAAUUUAUGCCAAAAUUAAGAACAUUGUGAAAGCAGCAGCUGCAUCCAAUGUGAACAUUCUAUGUCUUCAGGAAGCAUGGGCAAUGCCGUUUGCUUUCUGUACCAGAGAAAAACAUCCAUGGUGUGAGUUUGCCGAAGAUGCUGAAAACGGACCAACUGCAAAAUUGUGCAAAGAGUUAGCGCUGCAAUAUGAUAUGGUGAUCGUAUCGUCUAUUCUGGAAAGAGAUGAAAAUCAUGGAGAUACUAUCUGGAAUACUGCUGUGGUUAUAUCUAAUUCUGGACGCUACUUGGGCAAGCACCGCAAAAAUCAUAUUCCUAGAGUUGGGGAUUUUAACGAAUCGACGUACUACUACGAAGGAAACACUGGUCAUCCGGUCUUUGAAACAAAGUUCGGACGAAUAGCUAUCAAUAUUUGCUACGGUCGCCAUCAUCCACAAAAUUGGAUGAUGUUUGGUAUAAAUCAAGCUGAAAUAGUAUUCAAUCCUUCAGCCACAAUUGGGAACUUGAGUGAACCGUUAUGGUCGAUUGAAGCUCGAAACGCUGCCAUUGCAAAUAGCUACUUUACUGUGGCAAUAAAUCGGGUUGGUACAGAAGAAUUUCCAAACGAAUUUACUUCAGCUGAUGGUAAAGCUGCACAUAAAGAUUUCGGUCCAUUCUACGGAUCAACAUACAUUGCAGCACCGGAUGGAUCAAGAACUCCAGGUUUAAGUCGAACAGACGAUGGACUUUUGAUAGCUGAGCUGGAUCUUAAUCUCUGCCGUCAAAUUAAAGAUCACUGGGGAUUCCGUCUUACUCAACGGUUACCAUUGUAUGCAGACAGUCUUGCCAAUGCAAUCCAAUUGGACUUUAAACCACAAAUAAUCAGAGAAAAUUAAAAUUUAAAAUAAUUUGGAUUUU